GAUACACACGCGAGUGCUGGGAUUUUUCCAAAUCCGCAGUCAGCAGUUCCCCCAUCUUACCGGAUGAGCGAGCGUGACGCGUAAGGUUCUUCCCUAAAUAGUAUAAUCCUCGCGCGUCGAGCGAUCGCGAGACGAUUUCACAUUUCGUUAACAAGCAUGUUGUAUUCGUGCGAUGAUUCUCAAUACUAGCUAGGUUAAAAUCGUUUAUGUAUAUAUACGUCACGGUGCAGCGCCAUGUUCGGACAGUACGAUUCGCCGAGCAAUCGCGAGAGACUCGCGACUCCUCGAUAUAUUUGAAAUUUGAACGUGAACGGAAGAAGAAAAAAAAGCACGCGUGAAACGAGAUAAACCUGCUAAACGCGUGUGCCAAACAAAGCGCGUUUAAUCGCGCGGAACUAUCAAACGUCAGGAGCCUCUUCACUCGCUCGUCUCGAGAAUCUUGUGAUAAUUUUUUCCAGGAGAGUUUCGAUUAUCUGUCAAUGGAACAAUGGAAUCUGCGGCGGUCUCAGUCCUAAAACGUGCAGUGGAGAUGGAUAUGAAGGAACAGUUCACAAUGGCAUUGGUAUUGUAUCAGGAAGGCGUACAGAUACUUCUCGACACUGUAAAAGAGACAAAGGAAGCCUACAAGGUGGAGUAUCUCACGUCCAAAGCCAAGGAGUAUCUGGGCAGAGCCGAGAAGGUGAAAAAACUAAUUAUUGAGAGGAAAUCGGCCGGCAUAUACAGGGAAUUGACUAAGAUCGAGAAUGGAUCAACGGGACACGGCUAUGCGAGUGUUUUCGGCAGAUUCUUGGACGGUACUGUCACAUAUAUCAACAUCGAGGAUCCAUAUAUACGAGCCUUUCACCAGUGUCAGAAUCUGGUUAGACUAUGCGAGCUGGCUGUCCAAAAGUGCUGCGCAUUGACCAGAAUAUCCCUGCUUACAACUUACGAGCCGGAAGAAUCUAAUCAAAUUAAUCAAAUUACUAGAUUGGCUGAGUUGAAGGAAAGUUUAGCAUUUCGCAAGAUCUCCUUUGAUUUCUCUUUUUCUGAAACGUUGCAUGACAGACAAAUUACAUUGAGUAAUGGAUGGGUGGUAAAAAUCGGGCGUGGAUUAGACUAUUUUAAAGCACCAGAGGGCAAAUUCGUUCUUGGCUCAUGUGAUCUAGAAUUAAGACCAUGCUUGGAGACUACCAUAGACAUUUUUCACAAGAAUCAACUUCAAAAUGAGACAAGAUAGAGCACAAUAUCAAUUGACAAUAAAAAUGGUUAAUAUUUUUUAUACAGUUUUCAUUAAUGUAUUUCAUAUAUGUAUAUACAUAUAUUAUGGCACAUUUAUCGUGUGAUAGUGAUAAGGCAUCCAUAUUUUUAUAUAUAUUCUCAUCCUUGCGAUAUAGGAUGCAUAGAAUAAAAUAUAUUUGUACAUAUUUAACAAAAAUACUUGCUUUCUGCAUAUUAUUCUUAUAAUAAAAUAUAAAAUAUAA